AUGGCGGCUGAAAAACAAAAUUUACCGAAAACUUCCGGCUUUCUCCGUCCAUUUCGUGCUACAUUCAUUGACGAACGAAAUAAUGAUCCUGUCAAACGUUUUUGGGAUGCGGUCGAAGGACAUAAUUCUGUAGCCAUUAUUAUAUACAAUCGUUCUACAGACGCGCUCGUCUUCGUUCGCCAAUUCCGUCCGGCUGUGCAUGUGAUGAUUAAUCCCAAAUCUGCGAUAACGUACGAAUUUUGUGCUGGAAUCAUCGAUAAAAAGCAUUUAUCCAGCAAAGAGCAUGCCCAUGCUGAAAUCCUUGAAGAAUGUGGCUUCGAAGUUGAUAUCGAUUCGAUUGAACUUGUGGCAAAGUAUCGAAUCGGUAUCGGCAUAGCUGGUCCAUUUCAAGAACUUUUCUAUGUUGAAGUUACCAACGAUAUGAAGAAGAAUAACGGCGGUGGAAAUGCAUCCGAACAAGAGAUGAUUAUGGUACAGGAGAUACCAGUCAGCGAACUCUAUUCACUUUUAUUCGAUGAAACAAAGGCGAAAGAAACUACUCUGAUGUUCGGUGUUAUGUGGUUCUUACAUAAGAAAGCACGAUUACCGUAA